AUGAGUAUGAGCACUACCGCCCUUCGCACAAAGCCAAACACAAUCGCGGAAGGUUUGCAACGACUUCGGCCCACAUUCCUUGUUGCAGAGAUACUUGCUCGGUUCAGCCGCGAGAUAACAGAAACUGAAGACCUUGCCUGUGGUUUCGGGCAUCUAUCGAUGGGCACAAGCUCUUAUUUGCUCGAUGACCGAGAUGGGGGUGAGGAGCGUAAAUGGCAACCAGAAGGCUCCCACCCGCACGUCUUGGAGCUGAGGGCGCACUAUAUGCGGGAUCCAACCGCGAUACUUGCUCUAAAAACACGUGAAGAGGAUAAAGAGCCGGAGGUGGAUCCAAAUGUAGAGAUCGAUGAGAGCCCUCAGCCAAGGUGGAGGAUCCAUAAUAGAGUUCCACAAGUUGGUAAAACCUGGAGUGCCGUCCGCGCGCUGAAAGAAUCUAAAGCUCGUGAAAAUGCUCGUCCAUAG